AUGGUGGAGUACAAAAAUAUGCAUUCUGAUGAGAACAAGCAUCACAAGAAGAGAAAAAUCUUCCUCUUUUUCUCACUGGCAUCUUUACUAGUAGUGGCAAUUACAGUAGCAGCAGUUGUUGGAUCCCAGAAAAGCAAAGGCGGUGGUGGUGGCAGCGCAGCCCAAGCGGUGGUGAAAUCUACCUGCGCCGCCACAUUGUACCCAGAAUUAUGCUUGUCCACCAUUGCAGCAAUGCCGGAGGCUGCCAGCAGAAUAAAGAGCAGCAAAGAUGUACUGAUGACUGCUCUCAACUACACCAUUACCACCGUCGGGCACAAUUACUUCACCGUAAAGAAACUCGCAGCUAAGCGCAAGUCCCUGACAGUACGCGAGAGGGGUGCGCUCCACGACUGCCUGGAAAUGAUAGACGACACACUGGACGAGCUUCAUGAUUCAAAGAGUGAACUGAAAAACUACGGUUUGAAGAAUUACUCGUUGUCGGAUCAUGUUGAUAAACUCAAGACGUUGUUGAGCGCUGCACAAACUAAUCAAGAAAGCUGUCUCGACGGGUUUUCUCACGACGGGGCAGAUAAAAAAGUCGGUUCAGCUCUUUUGAAGGGUCAGAUGCAUGUUUUUCGAUUAUGUAGCAAUGUUCUAGCUAUGUUUAAGAACAUUACGGAUGCUGAAAUGGCUGCAAAUGGGGAUUCUUUUGUGGAGAGGAGGCUUGGAGAGGAAAAUGAGCACGAAUGGCCUAAAUGGCUGUCGGCCGGAGAUAGGAGGCUGCUGCAGGCUUCGACUGUGACGCCUGAUGUCACAGUGGCGGCCGAUGGAAGUGGAAAUUACCGGACAAUUUCAGCAGCGGUGGAAGCAGCUCCAGAAAGAAGCACUAGGAGGUAUAUAAUUCGGAUUAAAGCUGGUGCAUAUAGAGAGAAUGUGGAAAUACCGAGGAGGAAGACUAACUUAAUGUUCGUCGGAGAUGGGCGGGGUACCACCAUCAUCACCGCCAGUCGGAAUGUGGUCGAUGGCAGCACCACCUUCAACUCCGCCACAGUUGCUGUGGUUGGUGAUGGAUUCUUGGCGAGGGAUGUCACAUUUCAAAAUACCGCAGGGCCAUCAAAGCAUCAAGCCGUCGCACUCCGGGUGAACGCUGACUUAUCCGCUUUCUACAGAUGCGACAUGCUCGCGUACCAAGACACCUUUCGUGAUUCAAGAUUGUGA